CUCAUAGGUUCUUCUUCACGGUUGUUUAAUUUUAUUUUUAUUUCCACUGGAUUCUUGCAAAAACAAAUCUUAUCAAUUUUUAAAUUCAGGUUCUCGUUAACGUUAACUCACAAUCUUUAGGUCAAGUGUGAAAAAUAAGAAAUUCACCGAGUUAUUUUCCUUACAAAAAAAGAACAAAUUAAUUAAAAAUAUACCAUGGCUCUAUCGAAACCAAUAUACACAAUCCUUGGUGCAUAUCUAGAGCAACUCUUUAACCAUCCAAUUCGCACAAAAUCUAUCACCAGUGCUGUACUAGCCACUUCAGCUAAUUACACUUCUCAAAGAAUAGCUGGCAAUAAAACAAUCAGUCAAAAAGCAUUGCUAGCUUAUGGAUCUUUUGGACUUCUUUUUGGAGGCACUGUGCCACAUUUCUUCUAUCAAAUGGUUGAGAAGAUAUUUCCUCACAAAAUGCCCUUAAGAAAAAUCUUAGUUUUCUUGGCUGAAAGACUUAUAUUUGCACCCUUUUAUCAAGCCCUUUCCCUAUAUUUCCUUUCCAGAUUUGAGGGCAACACUCAUGAACAUGCUGUUCAGAAUCUAACAAAGCUCUAUGAGAAGCUCCUGAAAACGAAUUGGAUAUAUUUAUCGAUUCCGGUGUUCCUUAAUAUGAACUACGUGCCUCCAAUAAUUCGUACGCUUACAUUCAACAUGAUAUCGUUUGUAUGGGUUAUUUACUUGGCUGGUGUUCGUAGGCGUUUUGAGUUGAAAAAGAAAUCUGAUGAGGCAACAACUUCUCAAGGAAUCAGUAACAAUUUAAAAUAGUUAAGAAUAUGAUUUAUGGAUUAUUGCAGGUUUCUAAGAUAGAAAUGUGUUUUUUGUUUUUUUUGAUAAAAAAAAAACAGAGAUAAUAACGAUUUGUUAUGCGGACGUAGGGUAGUUUGUAAACAAAAACAAAAAAAGAAAAUAAUAUCUUGGCACAAUGGUUCUUUAAAUAUUUAUAUUUUAUGUUUAAGAUCUUAUUAGUUUGUUAUGGUGUUUAUAUUAUUAUUAUACAAUAUUAUUUACAUUCCAAGAAAAAAAAAUCAGAGGAAAAAUAUUUUUUAAUUCGCGAUAAAAGGUUAAGUUGUCUUUUUUUGUCAACUAAAUGAGAAUACACUACACAUACCUACAUCUAGAGGAUGUGGAAGAAUAAAGUUUAAAUAAAUAUUGAACAAAUUUUAUAAGUCAAACGCAAUAA